AUGGCCAGCUUCUGGCUGUCAAGUGCAGAGCGCCGGGUCUGCACCGACGGGUUUUACCGCGCGUACAUUCCCGAAGCUGCCCUCGCGAGUAGUCGUCCUCUCUCCAUAGGAGAACUCAUGUACGCCGCGAGCCGGCGCGGAGGCGGCAUGACCGAUCCCUCCACUAUCGAUACACCAUCACCAACGACGAAGUAUCCUCGCCUGCGCGGCAUUGCGCCUCGGUACCCCCUCCUCGCAUCCAACGUCACAUUCCUCAGCGGGCCCCACUUCCUGGUCAACGCACCCGCGACGCUCGCGCGCGCGCUGCAGAGCGCUAAGGCUCAGGUCGAGUUCCACACCUUCCAUGAUCAGGAGCAGCCGCUUGACAUCCGCGAGCGGACGUGCGCCCUCUGGUGGGGCAGGGAUGCCGACCCGCAGUCGGGCAAGUACGUGUUCGGUCUCAUCACAACGCACUUCGUCACCGACAACCGCCGGCGCCUGAACCUCAUGCGCCGCUUCCUGGAGCUGCUCGCGAUUGGAUGCCACUUUGCUGCGAAGGCUGCGCCUGUGCCGAUCCCUGUACCCACGGAACACCUCAAACCCCAACUCGGUGACGACGCUGAGGAGGCUCGUCAAGCCAAGAUCGUCUUCGACGAAUUGGUCAAUCAGUACGCCAAGAAGCCAAUGUCGGGCAUCGUCGCUGAUGGCACGCCCGCAGCCGCGCUGACUCCGCGUAUACUGCGCAAAGUCUGGUCGAGCGAAGAAACCGCGCGGAUCCUCCGUGCUUGUAAAGCGCACGGCGUCACUAUCACGCAUCUCGUCAAUAUCGCGGGCGCCCUGUCCUCCGUGCACGACAAGAGUGUUAACGACGACGACGACGACGCGCUCUACUUCGACUUCAGCCAGCCUAUGGAUAUCACCGCUAAGAUUCCGCAGCACCCAGGCGGAAUUACGAGCAGCGAUCUGGAAGUUGCCGUCCGGAUUGAGUUGUACCCCGUCAUGCUCCGUGUCCCUCGUUCGGUCGCGACGGGCAACGAGAGCCAGGAAAGCAUUUGGGAGGUCGCCAAGCAGUUCAAAAAGCAAAAUGACGCCUUCGUGAAGUCGCCCUACUUCUGGCACUUCCUUCCGAUGUAUCGUCCGAUGAUCACGGAGUCCUACAACGCGAAGCUUGCUGGAAGACCGGCGAUGCCGUUCAUGAGCAGCUUGGGCGACCUCAAGACGGUCCUGCCUGCGCGCUACCCGGUUCAGACGUCGAAUACUGCGAACGGUCACGCGGGAGAUACCGGUGCGGAAAUCCGGAUUACAGAGAACUGGACCGCUGGCAGAAUCGAUCCCUUCUCCCUCGUCUACCACCUCUUCACGUUCGACGGUCGUCUUUACUUGCAGUUCAGGUACAACAUGAACCGUACGAGCAGUGCGCUGAUCGAGCCUUGGUUCGAGCGUGUGGUAGCCAUCGUAUCGCGAUCCACCCAGGACGCAUAGUUAUCUUUGGUACAGUAAUGCGAUGGUUUCUUAUUGCACGUAGGAUCAUUCCGCACAGGAAACAUUGCAUGAUGUUGCUAUAUGUCGCCUUACUAUUCUCGCAGACGCAUUACGAGCUAUCUGCUCUCUGCGACUCAGUGUUUGCAUUACCGGGUCAGCCGCACAAUAACCCUGUAUCGUGUCUUGCGCUCGGAAGUUGGUGCUGCUCGUUCGCAGAGGCCACGUAGAUUGUGAAGAAUGUCGACUCAGACGAGUCCACGAGUGUAACCCAGCCC